CUGUAGUAUUUGCAUCGGAAGCAGCCCAGUGUGUCUGUGUGUGUGUGUGUGUGAGAUGAUGAUGACCGGAAGUGACGUAACGCGUGUACUGUCCGUGAUGUCAGAGUUCGGCGUGGAGGAGAGUGACGCGAGUGCGUGAUGACGUCGCGCGGAGAUGAUGAUGAAUGAGAAGAUGAUGAUGAUGACAGACAGAAGGAGAGAGAGACAGAUGUGAGAGAGCGCGACGCGUUGAUGGAGUAAACGAUGCAGAUGACGGAGGAGCGCUGAGGGAUUGUUGAUAUUCAGCAUCAGUGUGUGUGUGUGUGUGUGUGUCCGCACGCGACGCGUUGAUGAUAUUCUUCUCCAGCAUGAGGAGCGUUGAGCGUCAGCGCGCGAGCGGAGCGACUCGAUUCACGGCGCACUGAAUCUCACUCGAGCGAACAGCAGAACACACACGGAGAUCCGCGAGCAGCAAAAUGGGAGAGCAGCCGAUCUUCAGCACCAGAGCUCACGUCUUCCAGAUCGACCCCAACACGAAGAAGAACUGGGUCCCCACCAGCAAACACGCCGUCACCGUCUCGUACUUCUACGACAGCACACGCAACGUCUACCGCAUCAUCAGCCUCGACGGGUCAAAGGCCAUCAUAAACAGCACCAUCACCCCGAACAUGACCUUUACCAAGACCUCGCACAAGUUCGGGCAGUGGGCGGACAGCCGGGCCAACACCGUCUACGGCCUGGGCUUCUCCUCCGAGGCGCUGCUCAGCAAAUUUGCUGAGAAGUUUGCAGAGUUUAAAGAAGCCGCGCGAUUAGCGAAAGAGAAAUCUCAGGAGAAGAUGGAGCUGACCAGCUCACCCUCACAGGAAUCGGCGCCGGGUGAUCUUCAUUCUCCUGUGACUCCAGAGAGCAUCAACGGGACAGACGAGAGAGUGACGCCUGACGCCGAGAGCCGACCUCACACUCCAAGCUCACACACAGCGAGCUCACACACUCCGAGCUCACACACAGCGAGCUCACACACUCCGAGCUCACACACUCCAAGCUCACACACAGCGAGCUCACACACAGCCGAGCUCAACGCCGUGCCGUUCCCACACAGCUCGACGUCCAUCACCAAACACUGGGAGGCGGAGCUAGCGGCUCUGAAGGGGAACAACGCUAAGCUAACGGCCGCGCUGCUCGAGUCCACCGCUAACGUCAAGCAGUGGAAGCAGCAGCUAGCGGCGUAUCAGGACGAGGCCGAGCGGCUCCACACACGGGUGACGGAGCUGGAGUGUGUCAGCGGACAGACGGCCGGCAUCAAAACACAGAAAACCGAGCUGAACCAGACCAUCGAGGAGCUGGAGGCUGAGCUGAAGGCCAAGGAGGAGGAACUGGAGAAGCUGAAGGAGGAAGUGGAGAACGCAGACCGACUGGAAGCGCAGAGAGACUCUCUGGCUCAGAAGCUGCAGGACACGCAGCUGAGGAACUCUGAUCUGGAGACGAGGCUCUCUCUCCUCGAGGAGCGUCUGGAGAACGGAAGGAUGGAGGACGAGAGUUUCCGGAAGAGUCUCCGCUCGAUCCUGGAGCUGCUGGACGGGAAGAUCCUCGAGCUGACGGAGCUGAGAGACACUCUGAGCAAACUCAUCAGCUAGAUCACACACACACACACACACACUCUCACACACACUCUCACACACACACACACACUCACACACACACUGCUGGACGGGAAGAUCCUCGAGCUGACGGAGCUGAGAGACACUCUGAGCAAACUCAUCAGCUAGAUCACACACACACACACACACACUCUCACACACACUCUCACACACACACACACACUCACACACACACUGCUGGACGGGAAGAUCCUCGAGCUGACGGAGCUGAGAGACACUCUGAGCAAACUCAUCAGCUAGAUCACACACACACACACACACACUCUCACACACACUCUCACACACACACACACACUCACACACACACUGCUGGACGGGAAGAUCCUCGAGCUGACGGAGCUGAGAGACACUCUGAGCAAACUCAUCAGCUAGAUCACACACACACACACACACUCUCACACACACUCUCACACACACACACACACUCACACACACACUGCUGGACGGGAAGAUCCUCGAGCUGACGGAGCUGAGAGACACUCUGAGCAAACUCAUCAGCUAGAUCACACACACACACACACACACACACACACACACUCAUACACACACACAC